AUGGCUGCUUCAAUGGGUUUUAGAAAGUUCACUUUCGAAGAGUUGAAAAAAGCAACAAAAAAUUUCGAUGAUGAAAUCGGUAGGGGAGGAUCCGGGGUGGUUUAUAAAGGAGUCCUAGAGGAUAAGAGAGUUGUGGCUGUAAAGAAGCUAGAAGGUUUGAGCCACGGAUCAGAAGCACAGUUUUGGAGUGAGGUAAGCACCAUCGGAAGAAUCAAUCAUAUGAAUUUAGUGACUAUGUUUGGAUUAUGUGCUGAAAAACAGAAAAGGUUGUUAGUUUAUGAGUACUUGGAAAACGGGUCAUUAGAGAAGAACUUGUUCAGCAAUGAUACCAUGCUUACUUGGGAAAAUCGGUUUAAUAUUGCACUAAGUACAGCAAAGGCUCUUGCUUAUCUUCAUGAGGAAUGCUUAGAAUGUGUUCUUCACUGUGAUGUGAAGCCACAAAAUAUUCUUUUGGACAAGAAUUUCCAGCCAAAAGUGGCUGACUUCGGUCUGUCCCAGCUUUCCGAUAGACAUGGAAAUAACAUCUCUAAAUUUUCUAAGGUGAGGGGAACAAGAGGUUACAUGGCUCCUGAGUGGAUUUUGAACCUACCCAUCACAUCCAAGGUUGAUGUUUACAGCUAUGGCAUUUUGGUGCUGGAGUUGAUGACUGGCCGAAAUUCCACUGGAUCUCAACAGGUAGGUGAAAAUGGAGAAGUUGGAAACAAAAAAUUGGUCCCAUGGAUUAGAGAAAUGGUGAGAAUGAAUCAGAACUGGGUGCAAGAAAUAGUAGAUCCACAGUUGUAUGGAAUGUAUAACAGCUCAAGCGUGGAAAUUCUAAUUAAGGUGGCUUUGCAGUGCAUAGAAAAAGAAAUGGAUGGAAGACCAACCUUGAGUCAAGUUGUGGAUUCCGUCACAGAAGCAUGCCCUGUUGACAGAGAAGUGCAAGAAGAAAUUUAG